AUGGCUUCGACAAACUUCCAUCGAUGUCCAUUUCAUGAUUAUGGUUGUCAUAAUCCAUUUCCACAAGAUCAAAUAAAACAGCAUUAUUUAAGUCAGACACAUUAUAAAAGUAUUAUUAACUUUAUCUGCUUAAAGCGAGUUAAAUAUGAAUCGGCUCUAAUUGAUCUUACAAUCAAUCCAAUCGAGAGUGAUAGGCUUUUAUCUUCAAGAAACACUGAGUUAAAUGAUUAUUCACAAUUUAUUGAACAACUGACUACUGUUGUAGCUGAAUCUGUUUCAUCCUCAAAUAUAACAGAUAUCACUUCAAAUGCUGUAUCAUAUAUAGAUCAAAUACUUAAUCCGAUUCAGUCUCCAGCAAGAAAUUUAAUCAUAGAAACAGACAAAAAUCCAAAUCAUACUUCCACUAUGCAGUCGCAUCAACAAUUAGGUGAAUUCAAUGAUAUGAUGAUGAAUCAGAUUUUAAGUCGUAUCGAAUCAUCAUCUAAUAUUCAUGAGAUAAAUCAUCAUAGAGAACAACGUCAAGCUGCAUCAAUGAACAAUGAACAUAAUACUAUACAAUUUUAUGCGCAUUCGUAUGACAUGUUUCAAAUUGAAUUAGAAAAUGCACCUGUCUCAACAGAUGGUACUCUCGUCUUGCAUGUUGAUAAUGUACUCACAGAAACCGAGGGUCCGACUAUUGAAAGACAAUUAUGUAUUAAUUCAAAGCAAUUUCAAGCAUUGACAGAUGGUCAACGAUUAUUUGCUCGUGUUCACCUCAAUGGCAAAACUAACGCUAAAUUUAUAUCAUUCCAUAUGCAUCUGAAUUUUCCAGUUCGUAAUACUUUUAUUGGUCAUAUUAAAUUUAUUUUGGUUGAUCAAAGUGAUAAUUAUCCAUUAAAACAUAUUAUAAGAUGCUGUUCAGCAAAAAUGUAUAAUGUCAAUGAUUGUAUUGGAUUCGAUGAUUUUAUUGAUAAAACUCAACUUCGUCAAGAAUCACAUCGAUAUAUUCCUAAUAAUUCAGCUUAUUUCAUAGUUUGUGUUGAACAAACAAAUGAAGAAAAAUUGAGUCAAUAUCCAUCAAAUGUUAGAGACGCUAUACGUCAAAGUUACUUGACAUGUUAA